UCCUUACUCACGAUAAUCGUGGCCCGUCUAUACCGGCUUGGCAAGCAGCUUCUACUCCGCAUAUCCAUUAACUAUAUAGAGGUUAAUUCGUCCAGUAUCGACAAACGAGGAAAAUCGUCCGUCACCAAAAGGAUGCUCGGUGUACGAGACGCUGAGCUUGACGCUAAACAGGCUUCCGGUCAGCAAUCAAUCUGGCGGGAUGUUUACAGAAUUAUGGGAUCUCCAGAGCCUCCAUGCCGCCACGAAGGACAAUACUGCUGGCAGGACCCGGACGGAAAGACGCACUGUAAAACGUGCAACAAGGAGGAGUUAUUGGGUCUCAUGAUAACAUCCCUGAAAGCCUUCGCGAACAGCUUUAUGCUGAGGAGAAUCAGAGUCUCGAAAGACAGAAGAGGAGCUCGAAAAUCUCUGCUUCUUCAUAAAGCGGUCGAGGAAUAUGCUAUCUGGCAUGAGUUACGAGUGGGCAGUGAGCCCCUUAAUGAUAAUAUUCAGAAAGCCCGCGAUGUGGCCCUUGAAAAUUGCCUCGAUCUUGAGCAGAUCCACGAUGAUCAAUAUCCUGAAUUUUUCGUCAAGCAAGGCGUGAAAGCGGGGGCAGCGCGACGUUUUGUUAGUGACAUUAGCGAUUGGGUGAAGCAAGAGGCACGAUAG